CUUUGAACAGAAGGAUUGUGAAAAAGGGCAGAAUCCCGAACAGUAUCAAAUCCACUGUCAGUCUCUACUCUCUCAAAGCGAUGAAGCGUUACGAUUUCGAAGUUCUUCUGAGAAUCAUCAUCGAUAAGAACAACAGUGAUUCCGCCUUCAUAUCGAAACUGUAUAUCUAGAGAUAGAUUCAGGGUUUACGUUGUUAUGUGAUCAUCUGAGAUCGACUUCGCUGAGCAAAGCUAAUCGUUGGAGUGGAUCUGAACUCGCGAGGCUGAAGCAUUACUAGGGUUUCUACUUGUUGCAACACUUCUAUUAAGUUCUUUUGAGAUCUUGGUGCACCUUGGUUUUCUAUACUAAGUUCUGUUGGAUACUAGUAGACCAAACUAAUGUGGCAUAAGAAACAAAACAUGGCUUUCCCUGGUCAGAUGAUGGGUCCUCCUCGGCCUCAGUCUAGCCCUUUGGAGAACAUGAUAGUCCCACCUCCCUUUGGUGUUCCUGAUAAGGGUUUCCUGACUGAAUCAUCAAGGAAAAGGAAAGCAACAACUUUGAGUCAACAGGGAAAUAACUUUUCUGAUGGCACUUUUGAGUCAGUUCUAGAAAAUCCCUUCCCUAGAGAGUCAUACCCACAGCAUGGGAAUAGUGCACUUUCAGUGAUAAAUAUGCAACGGAACAGUUUUGGAACGUUUUCAAGUCAAACUGCAGAGUCUGGAGAACCAAACACUGAAAACACUCAAUUUGGGAACCACCGACAUCAUCAUCUGACUAAUUUUUCAACAACUUGGCAGAACAAUGUUAUGAACUUACCACAAUUUGCAGUUGAAAAAAUGAAUAAUUCAAGUAUGCUUCCUCAGUUUUUUCAUCGUAAAGGACCCCCACCUUCACUUAAGUCAGAAGGUGAGGAAAUUCUUACAAUACCUGAUCGGGAACACCUAGUACAUAUCACAGCCAGCCAAACUGAAGCACACCAGUUACCCUUUUAUUUGAAUUCAGCUGAUGCAUGUAUUGGACAAGCUCAGGAUGGUACUCCUUUAAAGGAUGAGAUGAACAUUGGCCAUGGCAAUCAAUUUAGUGCAGCUAAUCCAACAAUGGGACUGAACAGUGUGUCUUAUGAAAGUUUGAGGUCCUUGGAGAUGUCAGAGCAGAGUUUGGUUAAAAAUGGAAAGUUGAUGCAUUUUUUAAAAUUCGAUGGUAAAGAAGUUAGUCAUGGCACUAGUGGCAUUGCUUCUUCCAUUGAGGUUAAGAAUAGUGCUCAAUAUUUAAACACUUCAGGUACUGAAAAUGUCACAAAUGUUGGAAUGAGGUCAUGGGAAACUUCCAUAUGCAUUGAAGGAAAAAAAAAUGAUCAAUCUUGUGAAAAUCCUAACAGUGAAAAAAGAUCUGGCAGUGUUUCUGAUGUGGGUUUAGGAGUUAAUCUGAAGGACAGAGAUCAAAGCCCUGCAGAUCAGAACAUUAAGAAUGUUAUGAAAACAGUAGGAUCAGAUUUGGGGAAUGUGAAACGUACUUCAAAGGAGAAAAUCUCACCUGGAAAUGCUGAUAAUCCUGCCAAAUCUCAAGUUCGGCAUGGCCAUGGAUAUGAUCGGCAUAAUGUUUCUCUUAGCAUGGAUGGCAAAAGCAAGUCACUUGCUGGAAAAGUAGCUCCUCCAGGCGUUGAAAAACUUUGGGAUGGAUCCCUUCAGCUAAAUGCAUCUGUAACUGUGUCAGCAGUUGCCUUCUUUAAAAGUGGCGAGAAGGCACCAGAGAUCAACUGGUCUGAAUUUGUAGAAGUUAAGGGCAAAGUUAGGUUGGCGGCUUUCGAAAAAUUUAUUCAAGAACUUCCUCGUUCACGCAACCGUGGAUUGAUGGUAAUCUCACUUUGUUGGAAAGUUGGAUCUUCCAAAGCUGGACUCACAGGCAUGAAGGAGGUCGCGAAAGGUUACAAAGAAGGAGAGAGGGUAGGGUUCGCACAACUCUCUCGGGGUAUUGAUCUUUAUGUCUGUCCUCGUAGUGACACCAUUAUCACAAUACUUGCAAAAUAUGGUUUCUUCAAGGGCAUGGCAGCAGUUGAAGAAGAUCAAGACUCAUUGAUUGGUUGCGUAGUGUGGCGGAGAAACCUCACAUCGUCAAAUACCAAUGCUGUGUCGAAGAAAUCUGAAGGGAAGAAUCUUCAGUCAGCAGAACAAACUCACAACUCUCCCUCUGACUCUGCUGUCGAACAAACUAUGGAAAUUAAUCCUUCACUUACAGUGGCUCAGAAUUCCAGCCCACUUGAUUCAGGAGCCAGAUGCACACCUAUUGAGAGUACUGGAAGCAUAGGUACUGAGAACAGAAUUAUCCAGUCCAGCUCACUCCAUCUGGGAGUAGGCAGUUCUUUUACCAGUGCUAAUCCAGAACCAACUUCUGUUUCGAACAAUUCUCUACCAACCCCUGGACCAAAUAAUUCCCAAGUUAUCCCAGUGGGACUUCAAUCAGCUCUCCCUUCUGACUCAAGCUCUCUGUGGAGCAAUUCUUUUACCUAUCUUAAUGCAAAGCAAACUCCUGUUCCAAAUAACUCUCCACCAAAUCCUGGGCCAAAUAACUCCCAAGCCAUACCAAUGGGACCUCAACCAGCGCUUGUUGCUGACUUAAAUUCUCUGCGGCACAUUAUAGGACAAUCAUUGCAAGUUCAGAUUCCUCUUAAGGGCCUUCCAGGACCAGAAAAGCCUGACAGAAGUUUGGAACUGCCAAAACCUGUUAUUCCUUUACCAUCUCAAGCAGUAAAACAACAUAUAGCUUCUGCAACUGAUUAUGAUGACCUUCCUGAGUUUGACUUCAGGGCGGCAUGUGGGGUUUCUGAGAGUGCAUUAAACAAACCUCUGUUGUCCACCAACGGUGCAUAUGUUUUAGACACUGGUCCAUUUGGAAAUAGACAUUCAGCUGAAGUAGCAGGGAAGGUAGAUGGUUCCAUGCCAUCUAAAGUGACUGUACAGCCGCUGGCAACAAUCAACCAACAAAAACAUGUUCCAACCUUGCCAGGGCUCACUUUGGAUACCAAUCAUGGAAUGCCUCCAUUGAAGAAGCCUGGAGAACAUGAAAUGCAGCUUCCAACGUUUUCCCUUUCAGAUGGAAAGCCCAAUGUCCACAGCAGUGAGGUGUUAUGUGGAACUAGUACUUUAAAACCAUCAAAUGGUGCUGCUAUAACCCCAAAAAAGAAUCUCUGGGAUGAUGAUGAUGAUGACAUGCCCGAAUGGUGUCCACCGGAUCAGGAGCACCAGAAUCAACCACUCCCAAUUCCUUUGAUCCCCUCUCUGGUUCCCAAUCCAUCUUUUGGAAAGGUACCUCCAGCUGCACCAAGGCCCCUGUUCCCUUUUCCAUCUCAAGUUCCUAUACGUCCACCAUCAUGUCCUCAAGGAUUACCUCGUGCAUAUCAGCACUGUCCUAUAACUAUCACUGUGAAGCCAGCAGAAACAAGACCUGUUGGUGGAUACAUUCAAAGAGGAACAAGGUCUUCCCCUGGCUUCAAUCCUAACUUCCCUUUGAGACCACAGUAUAAUGUGUUCGAUAAGAGACCACCUAUUAGGCCUGCUGGUCAGAGGGGAUGGAGAUCUUAACAUUCUAGAUGGAGUGAAGAUGAGACGUAAUCUUGAUAGUUACUGUAAAUCAAGAUGUAGUGUUUGACUGUUUGGUUUUUAGAUUUUCUCAGACAUGCCAGGAGUCAAGAUAUAGUGUUUGGUAUUUUGAUACCCCAUAGAUUCAGGUUCUUUAGAGAUAAAUCAACUUUGUACAUAAGAAGCAAGGCCAGGUUAGAGUUUCAUGGCUUGUGCUUCGUUUUUCUUGUGUCUUUAAUCCAGAUUCAUGUUUUCCAUCUUUGGUUCCCAUAGUUAAUCAUGCCUUUUUCCA